AUGCUCCUUCGCAAGAGUGCAAAGGUUGACGCACACGGCGGGUAUUACGGAACCGCUCUUCAGGCUGCAUCCUCUGAAGGCCACACAGCAAUUGCAAGAAUGCUUCUCGAGAACGGGGCGGACGUCAACGCAGAAGGUGGAAUUUAUGGCAAUGCAUUUUGGGCUGGGUCUUCAAGAGGCAACGAGAAGGUCCUACGCAUACUCCUUGGAUAUGGAGCGCGUGUUGACACACGAAGUUCUCACUGCGGCAGCGCUCUUCGGUCUGCCUCUCUAAAAGGCCAUGAAGCCAUUGUUCAGAUCCUGUUAGGCGCGCAUGACAAAGAACAGGUCAGAUUUUGUAGCGGCACUUACUGGGCGACACUCAAUCGAGCCUAUGAGAAAAUCGUUCUCCUCUGCAUGGGUGCGCGUUCUGUUACACAUCUUCAGUAUUGUGCAGAUGCUCUUGGUACUGCAAUUUCGGGACGCCAUGGAGAGAUCGCGUCAAUAUUGCUGGAUCGCAUUUUGAGCACCUUGGGGCAUAUAUGUAUCCUUGCCGUGUUAUGUUUGGCUUAA